CUAGACUGUUCAAUUCAGUUUCUGUUCUCCAUGGUCCACGGAAGGCAUAGAAGGCAAGUAUUUAAGUGAACCACUCCGUCAUCACAUAACCAACGCCCACCGCUACUUCAUCUAGACUGUUCAAUUCAGUUUCUGUUCUCCAUGGUCCACGGAAGGCAUAGAAGGCAAGUAUUUAAGUGAACCACUCCGUCAUCACAUAACCAACGCCCACCGCUACUUCAUCUUCAUCGUCUCUUGUUCCCUAUGGCCUCAGACUCUGAGCGCAUCAAGCUCCCGGGCUUCGGCCGCCCUCUGAACCACUUCCCCUACGAAAACGAAUGGGGGCUUGUCGGACCCUUCCCCAGCGUCCUCCUGGACACAUGGCAAGCCGCCACCCUGACCAUCCGGGAGCUGUACAUGUUGUGGUUUGUCGAGAAGAUCACCAACAAGCCCGACUGGCACGUCAAAGUCUUCAACGACGAAAUCGUCUCCAAGUGGAAGCAUGAGCUUGCCUCCGUCGACUGGUCCAGCGCCGUCGGCUACCAGCACGGGCCCUAUUCGGACGCCAUGUUCGCAUACUCCCUCGCCGAGCUGCGAGAGAAGGCCCGCUUGUACGAGAAGACCGGCAUAGUCCCCGUCUUCGACGUCUCCGCCGCCGUCCUCAAAUCCGACACCGCCAUCCCCCGCGAGCUGAAGGACGAGCUCCGCGCCGCCGUCGCCCGCCUCGAAGACGUCCCCGACCACCAAAAGGACUGGCACCCUCGCAGCGACGGCAAGGUCCUCGACCUCGUCCACCCGUCCCUGUGGCCCCUCGUCUACGGCCGCACCCGCAUCCUGCCCGACCGGCGCCUCACCCUGGAGAACUGCCUCGACGCCUGCGGCAUCGGCGAGGUCAUCCCCCGACCAGGCAGCGACGGCUCCCGGCGCUAUUUCCCCGGCGCCUGGUCCACCCGCUUCCAGUGGCUCCCCUGCGACGUCGACCUGGACGAGGCCACCGGCCGCGCCAAGAUCGUCAGCUACAUCAACAACCUGCACCCGACGCGCCACCGGGACCUCUACACCAUUAUCGAAAAGGUCAUCGACAAGACCCUGCCCCUCUGGGACCUGGUGCACCGCUGGCCGCGCGAGUUCGACAAGGACAAACGCAUCCAAUGCCACGACGUCUCCCGCACCUGCACCAUCCCCGACUUUUGCCAGGACGAGGAACAAGACCGCGGGGGUUGCGAACCCUACCACCGUCCGCUCGAGGAAGGCGAAGCGCCCCGGCCGGUCCUCGACGACUACUCGGACCUCGAAGACGAUCACCCGCUGAAAGCGAAAGACAACGCCUGGUUCGACGCGACCCACCCCGUGCCCCAGCCCGAACCGGAGCCCUACGACCCCGCCGACGGCGGCCGCCCCCCCGGCGGCGAAGGACCCACCGCCGAAGACGUCCACAAGGAAGGCGAAGGCCCCUCCUUCUUCUCCGGCCUCCGCCGCCUCCAAGUCAUCGUCAAGCUGGCCAACAUCCACCUCACCCCAGAGAACCCGACCUACGACGGCGGCUCCUGGCACAUCGAGGGCCAGCUCAACGAGCACAUCUGCGCCACGGCCCUGUACUACUACGACAGCGACAACAUCACGCCCUCGCACCUCGCCUUCCGCACCCCCGGCGACCGCGAGGGGCUGAGCGGGGAGCUGGGCUACGAGCAAGACAACUUCCGCCCCAUCACCAUGGCCUUCGCCAUCGACGACCCCAACGGUUCCACCCUGCAGAACCUGGGCCGGGUGCUCACGCGCGAGGACCGCCUGCUCGUGUUUCCGAACGUCUACCAGCACCGCGUUGCGCCGUUUUCCCUCGCGGACGACACGCGGCCCGGGCACCGGAAGAUUUUGGCGCUGUUUCUUGUUGACCCGGCGCUUCCGGUCAUCGGCACCGCGAAUGUGCCGCCGCAGCAGAGGCAUUGGUGGCUGGAGGGGCAUGACGACGGCGGGAAGGAGGCAGAGGAGGCGGACGGGGGGGACAGGGGGGGGUGGCGCGCGAAACUGCCGCCCGAGGUGCAGCAGAUUGUGCUGGAGCAGAUGGAGUGGCCCAUCGGCUGGGAGGAGGCCAAGGCUACGAGGUUGGAGCUGAUAUAUGAGAGGACGAGGUUGGAGGAGGAACAGAAUGUUCCGGACGCGGAAUGGAAUUUCUGUGAGCAUUGAGGACACAUCGUGAGCAAGGCAACAUAGCUUGAAAACACGGGGGACAUUUUCGCCAGCUUAACUCGAGGGUAUCACAUAUUCAAAUGCCAUGGAUGAAACUUU